UGUCCAAGCAGUCUGGACGGCGGAUGCUGCCCUGAAAACUACGACUGUGCGAUAGGAAGCUGCGUUGCGACGAGCAAGGGACCGUCAACGUGCGGCACAAUGGUAGGGUGGUAUCCCUGCGCGGCCGUUUACGGAGGUGAGUUGUACCCCCCGAUCGCGAUAGCUUGGUGCCAGGCAAAGAGUGUCGUCGUCUUGGCAGUCGCUAACUCUCCCCAGGAGGUUGCUGUCCCGACGGCUACCAAUGCCAGCGUGGUGCCAACUGCGUACCGCCGACAGGCUCGGGCUACACGUAUGCCUGCCCAACAGGCCACUUCUUGUGCCCGGCAUCUGCAAGCUAUGGGUGUUGCCCAAACGGUAUGGGUUGUGCGGUAAAUCAGUGCUACGCGACGGCUCCGACGACCAAGACCAAUACCAUGGUAAUCACGACGAAGGCGAGCGGUGGCCAGACGAGCGUCUACACGACGACACAGACAACCGUUGGGGCGCCAUACAUGCCCACUGCGUUGCCGACAGUGGUUGGCGGGCAGGACGGCGAUUCGCAGAAGGUGCUCAAGUACUUCCCGUCGGUAGUUGGCAAGACAUCGCCCACAGGAGCCGCGUCUGAAGGUGGCGGUGGUGGGAUAUCGCCGGCUCAGCUGGGGGGCAUCGUGGCAGGCGUCGUGGCAGGCGUCAUCAUUGCCCUCGUGGCGGGCUUCCUGCUCUUCCGCCGCCAGCGGAGAAAGAGCAAGGAGGCCAAGAAGCGAGACAUGAUGAUGACCGGCGGCGGGGGCUGUGGCCGACAUGCGGCUGGCGAAAAGGCAAAGCCAUUCCACUCGGCCGACUCGGACAACGAUACGAUGAGCGUCGACCCUCUCAUGAUGCUGCCCUCGUCGGGGGCGUCAUCUCCGCCACACAUGCACCGACCUAGUCCCGGGUUAGAUUCACGCAUCAGCGGUGACGCCCCAGAGUCUUAUGGUGCGACGCCUCCCGAUGACACGCCCACGAGUUUUGCCGGCGGGUUCCAAUCCGUUGGUCAUGGCGGAAGCACAGGGCGUCCGUCCAGCAGCCGCCAUCCGAGCUGGGAGAGCGCGACGAACAACCAGAGCAAUAUCACAUCGGGUUACUUUGACGCAGAAUACGCGCGGAGGCACCAGCGACACCAGCGGCUCGUGUCGAGCGAGGUGGGGGGCAUCGCGCGGACGGUGAGCCGCAUGACGCACGAUUCCCGGCCCGUGCACUACGGCCACGGACGGGACGUGAGCGACGCAUCCGACGCCUCGUCGAGCAUCGCCUAUGCGGAAACGGAGGGCCGUCCGAGCAUCGGAGGCGCCACGCCGACGCUGGUUGCCGAGCUCGAAGCUCAGCCAUACGUUGCCGAGCUGCCCCCCAACUCGCCUGCAUCCGUGUCGAUAUUGUCGCCCUCGGCCGGCGGGCCCUCGCCGGUCGACCCGGGCAUGGCUGGGGGAUACACGCAGUACCACAACGGAGAGCAGCAGCACCACCACCGGCAACGGCAGCGAUCGAGCAGCGGAGGGAGCACAGCAAGCGCGGGAUCGGUAACGACGACGACGGGACCAGGGGGGCGCCCUCCGCUCGUGCACCAGCGCAAGAGGAGCGACGGGCGGACAGGAGCAGGCAGGCUCGGCGUGGUGGACGAGGAGAUGAUUCACGGAUAUCACGGGCCGAGGGAGUUUCUGGAGGGACAGACGGCGGCGGAAAGCCCCAUGACUGACGAGGAUGGCAAGAAGGAUACGAAGUGGAAUGCAUAGUCAUGAGGCACUCGAACGGCAAGCGAUGGGAUUGAUUUGGUGGGUUUUUCCGCGACAAUUCUUUGGACGCUUGCUUUGGGGGCGUAAGGUAUGGCGUUUUGGACGAGGCAUGCUUCGGACCGGCAUCAUAAACGGCUGGACGCACCUGGGUUGGCCAGAUCGAUCGAUGAUAUCGGGCUGCUGGUCAUCCUGUAGGGUUACAUGGAUGAACUGAGAUGUUAUUUUUCUUCUUCGGACGAAGUUGGCAGACAGCUUUGGCAAUGCAAAUAAGAAGUCAUGCUAAUCCAGUUGAGGAUGGCGGUGAUUUUCUUGGCUCUCUGGGUUCGGGAGUCUGAGUAGGAUGUCCUUGUGAGGGGGGACGCUGAGAUGACGGACGGAGGAACGCUAUCGUGCGGUUGGUGGUGAAAGAAUGGGUGAUUAUAAGGCUGGUCAUUUUGUCCCCUCUUUACUACGUAGGUACAGUAGAUAGAUUGGUAGGUAAGUUUGGAGAGG